AUGGCUGGCCCUGGAGUUUGCAUCCCCUUGGUGAAUGGUAGGACGAUGCACCUCCCCCUGGGUUGUGCUUUCCGCCCCACCGAGGGAGAGCUUGUUGUCAACUAUUUGUACCGCCGGGCAAUUCAGGUGCCACUAGCUUCUCACUUCAUUACUGAUGUUGACAUCAUGCGCCACAACCCCUGGGAUAUUGUCCCUGCGGAGGAGAAGGUGACCGGGAAGCACUUCUUCACCCGUAAGGAGAGAAAGCGCCCUGGUGACAGCCGCAGCAACCGCGCCGCGGGUGACGGUUUUUGGAGAUCGACAGGGCCAGAAGCAGCAGUAUACCACAAUCCCGGUGACAGUGGCGGUGAAGUGCUGGUGGGGAUGAAGCGCACCUUGGUGUUCCACUACGGGAAAUCUUCGUCGUCCGCUGAGAGCACCGAAUGGGCGAUGCAGGAGUUUCGUCUUGCCGGUUGUUGCCUCUUGCCUGGCCAUGUGACAGGGCCUGCCACAGGUGAUAGCUCCAACCCAUCGUGCAUCAGCACCCAAGUGACCAUUGCCAUGAAAAACGAUGGCCAGGAUCUGUCGGCAGCACAUACUCAUGACACCCCCCUUGGGAAAACCAUGGUCGUUGAGCCUGACAGUUCUUGGCUGAUCUGUCGCAUCUACAAGAAGAGGCAGCGUGCGCCACAUGUGAUCAUCCCUCCAUCCAUUGGCGAUGCAAGGGAAGUUGUCCUCGCCCUACCAGCUAUUGUCAAUGCAGGUAGAGGCCGAUUCCGCUACGUUGACUUCCCAGGGCAGCCGUCUUUUGAGGAGGGGACUGAUGAGUCUCCUGAUGUCCACGACGACAAGGCUGCUGAUGGCCCUGGCAAAAACUAA